UUAGUCCCUGCAUAAUUCUAAUAAAAUAGAGAAUCACGUGCCCCAUCUGGGAGGCUUAAUUUCUGAUUGUAACUACAUAAAUCAACAGAAAGCAUCUCUCACAAGGAUAUUUUCAGACCCAGACGGUGAUUGAGUUACAAAUGCAUUUUUCACGUCCUUAUUGUGAAAUGGAGGUCAGGAUAAAAUACAAUCAGAAGAUAGAAAUGAAGCUGUUGUAUAUACAUCCUCAUUCAUUAGAUUAGUGUUUCUCACUGGGUUUUAGUUCCACUGCAUUCAACAGUCUGAAUUAAUUGAGUUCAACAGAACAGUCGCCCAACAGCAGAGACUCUGAAUACAUUUCUAAAGUGUGUAUGCAAUGAGUAGAGUCUUUGAAGGCUGCACCAUACUUGUCUCCAACAAAGAACUUCUGAUUGCCUAAAUAAUAGCACAGAUAAUAUUGCUGUUUCAGUAAACUCCUUCAUGUCUAAGGAGAGAACAAAAUCUGCACUUCCUUAAAGAGCAGAAUCUCUAUAAGAAAAUGGUGGAGACUGAAAGCAAAUUGAAGUAUUAAGAGAAGUCCACCCAUAGUUCAGAAAAGGUCACAGCUAAUUAAUUAUUCUUAAUUAUCGAGAAGCAAGGAAAUUCUGUCUCCCAUUUCCCCCCAUCAGAUUGCAUUUCUGAAUAGCAGAGAACUAAAAUCGUCUGAACAAGCUAAUAAAGUCAUCCAGGAAGUUGAGCUCAUUUCCAGUAUUAGAAUAAAUGCCAUACCUACAAAAGAGGUGAGUUCAUAGGAAGCUGAUGGCAAGCUCCAUUUCCCUAAAUGUUCAAAGCUUUGUUUGCCUUUUUCUAAAGCACGAAAGAGUGAUGUCUUAGUGGUUAAAUCAAAACCUCCAUCGUUUACCCCUAGAAUACUUUAACAAAUUAGAAAUGUUGGGGUCAAGCCUGCUAGCUUCAGUCAGCUGUGUGCUUGCCUACGGUCAAAAGAAGAUCCAUUAAAGGACUUAGGUCUAAACAGUGGAUCUUUUAAUUGCAUAAGUUAGUUUGAUACUUGGGUAAAGAAUGAUUUCCAUAUCAUACUGCUCUAAGAGCUGUUGAGAUGUGGAGUGAAUAUUGUAAUAAUGCAGUAAUACUUGUCACUAAGUAGCUGUUUGGAAGCAUAAUGAGAUUUUACCUUGUAUUCCUCCCAGCAACUGGGGGUAUAUAUUUUUUUUUUCAAAGUCAUUGGCUCAGUUUUAUAUCUAAUCAAGUCAGGUGGAUUUUGCCAUGUCAGGUACAUAAAGGAACAUACAGGAACAUAAAGGAGAACAUGACCUCAAAAGUAGAUGGAGAUAGAUCACAGCCACCACAUUCAGACUGGAAACAUAGUGUAGGUCUCCUUAAGGUUUUGACUUAGCCUGUUGUAUAAUCCAAGGGAUCAUUAAGAAAAUGUGUGUUUGCAUGAACAUCCAAAAACAUCCACAGGUCAGACCUGUACAUAUGUACAUGUACAUCUUUGCUAACAGUCACGUAAGAAAAAUCAAUUGCAGGUUGUAUUUCCUGACCUAUAAAGGUAAAAGACAAAGGAUGACACAAUUUAAAAUUAAUAAGAGACAGCAGUUUUCAAGUGUGUGCACUAAGUGGAGUAGAAAAUGUUCCUACCCUCUUUCUCUGAAUUCCAAUGUUAUAAUUCUGCGUUUCUGCUUAUUUUUCCCAUUGUGCAAGUCUCUUGUAGAGCUCUAGUGAUUACCCUGACCAGCUAAUUCUGUUCUGAGAUUGUAAUGCAUUAUACGUCUUCUGUAUAACAGGAAAGGGAACUUCCUCUUUAAAGCUACAUAUUACUAAGGAGGAUUUCUGAUGGGCGGAGUUUUCCUUGAGCAGGCUAGAUAAAGGCUUGCAGGAUUCGCAGACCUCUCAGACUGCCAUCAGCAUGAACUGCACCCUGCCAGACAGAGUGCUGCUGCUCAGCUACGCAAUGAAUGGAGAGCGGGACAGGUUGUGCCUUCAGCCUCUUUGGGACUUUGUCACAGCAAAGGAGCUACUGAUCAAGUCACCUUUUUUCCCAGUGCUGUUUUCUUUUACAGCAUACAUGGCUUUCUGUCUUCCAUAUAUUGCGCUGGACUUGUUAAGCACUAGACUACCGAACUUGAGAAAAUACAAAAUCCAGCCGCAGAACUAUCCAACUCUUGGAAUGAUGGUGCCUUGCAUAAUUCAAAGUGUGUAUCACCAUGUUGUUUUUAUCUUCCCAGUGACUUUUCUCCACUGGUACUGGAAACCAAUGAAACUACCAGUGACAGCUCCAGAGCUGCCUGUGGUCCUGCUGGAAGUAGGAGUUUGCCUGCUUCUGUUUGAUUUUGAGUACUUUCUGUGGCAUUUGAUUCAUCACAAGGUGCCUUGGCUCUACAAGACCUUCCACAAGGUGCAUCACAAGCAUGUGUCAACAUUUGCUCUUACUACACAAUAUUCCAGUGUAUGGGAAUUGCUUUCACUGGGAUUUUUUGCUGCUAUCAACCCAGUACUCCUCGGAUGCCAUCCUUUGACAGAAAUGAUUUUCUUUCUUGUAAACAUUUGGUUGUCAGUGGAGGACCAUUCAGGAUAUGAUCUUCCGUGGUCAACUCACCGACUUGUGCCUUUUGGUUUGUAUGGAGGAGCACCACAUCAUGAUCUCCAUCAUCUGAAAUUCAAAUCAAACUAUGCUCCUUACUUCACCCACUGGGACAAACUCUUUGGAACAUUCACAGAGUCACAUUCUAAUUAAGGAUAUUUACCUGUGGGUGAACUCUUAUUUUUUUUAUGGACUGAACUGGGAAGACAUACAGAAGAUUGUAUAUUUGAAGCUGCCUAUAAAAGCAAUAGUUAUUUAUUACAAAUCCUCUUAAUAUAUAUGUGUUUGUAUGUAUUCUUGGAACAGCCUGUGUUAAAUGACUGCAAAUGGGAGGGUAAAUAUCUGUUGCUUAAACUUGUUUGAGUCAAAGGUGUAAGGGAAGCAUUAAGAGACAUCCUCUCUUCUUCCCUUCUUUCCAGCUUUCAUAAAGCAUGUAUUGUAUUACUGUAUGAUAUUUUAUACAUACGCCAGAACAAUUAUCUUAGUGUUGUAGGAUUAUUUAUAAUGUAAACAGAAAAGGUACACAUCAUGGAUUUUGUGCAGAUUAAUCUGCCAAAGCAUAUUAUUGAACAAUGAUGUUGUAAAAUAUUACUGCCAAACAAAGCUAGUUAGCCAACUGUGCAAUAAUUUUGAUAUUUAUAUUUUAAACCUUG